AAAGGACACGUUCCUUGGAUGUGAUUCUGGAAAAAAGAUCUAUAAAUGUAUAUAAUCCCAGAUGCUCCUGUCAGAUUAUCUGUCAAUUCAUCCAGAUUGAUGAUGUUUCUGAAUUUAGUUAUUUACCAUCAGCUGUAAAGUGUUUCUGUCUUUUAGCAAUGCAACUUGCUGCCCUCGAGUUUCUUAUUUAAAGAAUAAACCCUGGAAAGCUAAACUAUGGAGAUCAGAGUCUAUCUUACAGUUUUUUGCGAUUGCUAAAACGCGUUAUUCAAAACUGUACGUUUCUUUCAUCAUCACACACAAAUGACUAAACCCUGGCAUCCCUUUGCAAAUCAACUCUGCCAUCAGAUCUUGCAACAUGUUCACAAAAUGAAACGCGUGCCUUCAUUUGGUAAACACAGCCAUAUUUUCACACGACACACACACACACACCAUUCACUGAAUAAACACAAGCAGCUUUUGGCUGAACACUACCAAGCAUGGAAAGAACACUGAAGAGCAAAACUGAAAACACAAUUAGAGAAAUUGAACACACUGAAUCUAUUACAAUGCCCACUUCUCUCACAGACAAACAUUAGACAUCACACACACUUUGAGACAAAAAAUUUUGUUUUUAAAUCCCCCCCGGCAUUUAAAUCUAAGGCUAAGAGGUACCCUCUGACGUUAGCUGGUACAUUAUGAUGUCACCAUGUCGUUGAGAGCCUGUGUGUGUGUAUUUGUUAGCGGCUCCGCCCUCUCGGUCCGCUAGGCAACAGCAUUUGUUGCUGUUUUCAAACAAGAAGUGGGAGUGGAGUAAUACUCUGGUAGGGGGUGACUUUCUCUUUAAAUGUUUUGAAAUAAUAAUAAUUGAUAACAAAAUGUGGGAAACAAAGAAUAAAGGGACCUAAAACAAUAUGACUGCAACCCAGAAAUGUGUCCCAAAACACUGUUUAGGAAACAGUGCUGUAGUCUAUUGAAUGUUGUAUUACAAUACACAUGGAAAAUACAUUUUCAUACCUGUUCUCCAUCCUGAAUGUCCUUUUGAUGGUCAGCACUGUGAAACGGCUGAGGUUUGGCUGGACCCUCUGGCCAGCCUCCCUCAUGGUCAACCCAUGGUUGAGCACAUGGUCCAAUACAGUGACACGAAUCUCAUUGGAGAUUCGGAUUCUCCUUCUUCGCUCCCUUGCUUCUCCUUGUUGUCCUCCUCCUCCUCCUCCCAUACGUACCCCACUCCUUCUCUGCUGUCUGUUGUCUCUGUUCUCCAUUGCUCAUCAAACAGAACAGAGCGUCAAGCCUCCUUUUAUGCUGCAGUCCCUGAUUGCAAAUUGCUCACCAGACCCGAAAGUUUAGAGAUUUGAAUAUUUGUGUGUUGUUGAUAGAAGCUUUGAGAAUUGAUGUGAGAAGUGUGUGUAAACCUGAAAAUUGUGUCUGCUGUGUUUUGACAGCAAGGUAACGUGAAAUUGACAUCAGAGUGUAAAGGAGGAAAAUCACAGUUCUAAUAUGAUAAGGAAAUCUUAAGUAGUGAUAAAUUGAGUCAAGCGAUUGGGAACAGAAGUAGAGGUUGUGAAAAUUGAGCCUCAUUUUUGCUUUUUGGUUUUAGCAAUCGAAAAAAAAAACUGUAAAACACAAGAAGGAAAUUUCUUCCAUUAGAAAUACAGGGUAAUGUCGCCACGUAGUGGCUGAUAAAACAAACGUCUUCAUUCCAAGGCUAAAGGUUUAUUCCAAACAUUUAUCUAAUACAUAAAUAAAUAUAAGCUUAAAUUAGGAAAAUCUUAACGAACAUAAUUUAAAAAACAAAAAGCCAUCCUGUAAAUAAAUACCUGACCGACCUGAGUAGCUAGAUUUCCAGUCUGGGAAAAGUAUGGUGUUUUCUCCAGUAACGUAUUGGUCACGUGGCUAAAAGAUUCCCAAUCAAAUAUUUCAUUGCGAUGCUAAACUACUGAGGAUAAUCCGUUUUUUUGCCGUAUUUCACAAAAUUGGGCCUACAUAUUUGUAAUGAACGUUUGGGUCUACGUCACGGGACCAAAUGACUAUGCUUGUCCAGUUUUAUUUCCUUAUUUUUCUUUCUAAACUCUUUUUGUGUCAUGUCCUGUUCGCUGUUCUCAAUAAAGCUUUUUGAAAACGAAACAGAAAAACAGCGUCUGUUGCCAGGGUAACGACGUUUCCUCUGGAUUCCUUCUCAGAAUAUUUUGUCGUGUGCUCUAUACUCGCCAUUUUGGCAGCCAGAGAUAAAUGUAAUUUCUAUUUUAAUAAAUAAAAAUCUAUUUUAAUCUCCAUCUUAAAAAUGGCGGCGGAAGGAGAUGAGUUUACGUUUGCUCGGACGUUUUCUUUUAGCCCUCUUCCCACGAAGAAGUUCAGUUUCCUGCAGGAUAAAAACACUUCGGCGCUUUUAAUGAAAUGGUCCAUGUUGGGGAGGAUUUCAGUCCACUCUUACAGUUUUGACAAUAACUUCUGUCCUCACAGCAGCGAAAGGUUUGCACUGAGUUUCUUCAGGGACCCUGAGGUGAUUUCCAGUCUGAGAAACAUGGAGUCCAGAAUCCCGGUACCCUUUGACAAGCCGGUGGUGUCGGUCAGCGUGGAGCACGUGCCAUGCACUAAGACCUCCAUGGAGCUGUUUGAUCCGAUCUACUCCUGUGGAGUCCUGAGACCCUCUGGAGACGUGGUUAAAUGUUUCAGCGACGUUUAUACGGACUGCGACGAACUCCAGCUGAUGUUGCAGGACGAGGAAUCGAAACAUUAUCACGUGGUCGAGAUAAAAGAGCGCAAAGAGUUUCUGUUUCGCAUUUUUAAGCAUCUGCGCCUUGGAGGGGAAUUGUGUCAAUACGAGGACCACAUCGACCCGUACAUCAGCACCACUAAACAAAUCUACAAAGACCUGAUUAGUGUGCAGAAGGAUGCUGACACAAAGCGGAUCUGUGUUGUUUCCACCGUUCUCAAAGUGAGCGCUUACGACGGAUCUGGGCGAUGCUUCCCCGGGACUCCAGAACAGGAGCAGACGUUUGCUUAUAUGAUUGUGGAUCCCUUUAAACGACACGUGAACUUAUUCUCCCAUUUCUACGGCGUGGGGAACUUCUCACCGUGAAGAGCUGGAAACAAUCCCGUUUUUGGAUUUCAUGAUGGUUCGUUACAUUUAUAGAACAACGGUGAAUAAAGACACUGAAAACAUUCA